AUGUCGCAGCAAAUGUACGCUCCUCAAUUCGCCGCCUCGUGCGGACCGCAAUUUGGAUCGUGUCAACAAGAUCAAAAGUAUCGAACAGCUUGUCGACUCCGGCAGGAACUGUUCAAAUCUUGUCGACGUACGAUCGCCCCGGUCGAAAAGUGUUUUGGACCGGGAUUGCACAUCCGAAAGUUACGUUUCGGACCAAGCAGCCGUUACAGAAUACACGAACCGUUCGAAUCGCAUAUGAAUAUUUUGAUCGAGAAAAUAAUUUUGACAACGAAUCUGAAAGAAAGUGCAUUUUCAAGGAUGCUCGUCUCACGUCGCUUCAUCUCACCGCUCUACACAAGCCGCACCGUGCCGAACGCAUUCAUUGCCGUACAGGGUGAAAAUUGUGCUAAUCGGCCGUUCAAAGACAACCCGGACUGCACCGGACACUCGCAACAAAACUGUUUCUCUCGUUCAGUCAUCGCACCCAGAGCCACUAGUCAAGCCUGUGGCAGAAGUCGAUUCAGUAGUAGAGUCACAAAGCGGUACGCACCGAAUCGUUAA